AAGAAGGAAGUAGGUGUGCCGAAAAAAUGUCCAUCACAUCGAAGGCCACCCAUCAUAGUAUAUAAGCAGAGCAGCAGACAUCUGCUGUCAGUCGAACUCGAGCUACCGAAACGUGCUGCGAGUAAAUACAUUUUCAACCGAAAAAUACAAGUAUGUCUCGCGCCAUAACGUUCCUCUUGCUCAUCGUAGCGGUCGUCACCAUCAGUGCCUAUCCCCAGACCAAAUGCGGCGAAAAUGAAUUUUUCAAUUCUUGCGGUUCAUCGUGCCCGAACACUUGCGAUCAACCAGUUCCUCCCGUUUGUACGCUGGCGUGUGUUAUAGGAUGCGACUGUAUAGAUGGGUAUGUCAGAAACGCGCAGGACAAAUGUGUGCUUCUACAAAAUUGCUAAUAGAUUAACAUUUGAGCAUUAUAUACGAGUGUGACACCACAAACAAAUCAACUGCGUCGUCGAGAAAAUGAUAAAUGUGUAGUUACAGCUUUUUUUGCUGAUUAAUAUGUUCGUUAUGCAAGUUUUUAUAAUGGCGUCUAUUAAUAAAACAAAUU